AUCAGUUCAUCAUCACUCACCAAUAUUUACUGGGUUAAUUCCGAUUUCUCCUCCCAACACCAAGACGACAACUUUUUGAUACAGCAAAUUCAAAUUUCUUGUUUUGCAUAUAGAUAGUUAUAAUACCGUCUGAGCAAACGAUUGCGAGGAGUUGCUAUAAACUGUAAUUUUCCCGAUUGACGGCGCAGACGUGCAGUGUUUGAAGAAGACAAAGAAUCCAUUUUGUUUCCGUGCAUUCGUUCUUUCCCCGCUUGCCACUUGUUUUUUUGAAAUUGCUACAUUGGAACGGCUUCCUUUCGGGGGUUGGUUCUGUUAAUUGCGUUGCGGGAACGAAGACAAUCUGUUGCCUGUUGUGUAAAUCGUCCCGAUGACCAUGGCGCUGCGCAUUGCCAAAUUAGCUACUUCUCUGGGCGUGAAGAAUCGGCCUGUUAUCUUCUUCUCAAGACCUAUGUCGAGCCUUUCCACCGGUCAAAAACUAUUAGAUGAAAAUGCAACAACAAAAGACCAAGAAUUCCAGAAAUGGUGGAAUGGAGGUGGCAUGUUUCAUCAAUCAGCAUUAAUUGAUCCAACUGCUCAAAUAGAGUUCGGCGCUGUUGUCCAUUCAGAAGCUAUCAUCGGUGCGAAUGCCUGCAUUGGUUCGGGAAGCGUCGUUGGCCCUUCUGUAACAAUUGGCCACUCAACAAGAACAGGUUACAAGGUUGUACUUAGUAACUGCACAAUCGGCGAUUCAUGUAUUAUUCAUCAUGGAGUCUGCAUUGGUCAAGACGGUUUUGGGUUUUUUGUUGAUGAGAAUGGACUCAUGGUGAAGAAGCCUCAAAGCUUAAGAGCAAGGAUAGGCAACCAUGUCGAAAUAGGUGCUAACACAUGCAUCGAUCGGGGCAGCUGGCGAGAUACUGUAAUCGGGGAGCACACAAAGAUCGAUAAUUUGGUGCAGAUAGGUCACAAUGUGGAGAUAGGAAACAAUUGUAUGAUAUGUGGACAAGUUGGAAUUGCAGGCUCGGCGACGAUAGGGAACUAUGUGACAUUAGGAGGAAGAGUUUCUAUUCGCGAUCAUGUCUCUAUAGCUUCGAAGGUUAGAUUAGCCGGAAACAGCUGUGUCACCAAGAACAUCAGCGAAGCAGGCGAUUAUGGAGGCUUCCCUGCUGUUCCUAUUCAGGAAUGGCGAAAGCAAGUAGUCAGCCUCCGGCAAAUUUCGAAGGGAUCUCAGCCGAGUAAGAUCAGUACACAUUCAUCUCAGUUCGAUAAGCUCCAAUCCAGCACGGAUGCAACGCCGGAACCACCUAAAAUGACGGUCCACUCGGAACUGUAAGAUCCGAGCUCCAUUUUCUACUUUUCUAGAUAAGUAAUGUGUUUGCCAAAAUGCUGACUGCAUCAAUGUUAACUUUUUGUGUACACGAUUGAAGAUUCUACGUCUAAAGUGCAUUUGAGUUAUCAAUUUGAGGUGGAAAAGUACCCUUUACAGAUUUAUUUGUGCCUUUAUGAUCAGUUCCCUUCAUAUUUAUUUACUUCGAAUGUUUUUUA